AUGUUCCCCGGUAGACAGCACGUAACUUAUUCAUCCAACCAGGAAUUUCAGAGACCACCCACAGGGCCUCCCCCAAAUAAUUCACAGCAAUUUCAUCGUCCUCCGGUCGGACCACCACCUGCACACAACAGCGGGUACAACGUGAAUCAGUACCAAGCUCCUUCAACGCCUCCUCCUACAAAUUGGCAGAAGCAACAAUACCAGGCUCCACCAACACCUCCUAAUAAUUUUCAGAAGCAGCAAUACCAACAAGCCUCAUACUCAAGCUCCCGUCAAGCCCCACAACAAUCUCAAUAUGGACAGUAUCAGACCUCAGACUGUACUGGACGAAAGAAGGCGCUUUUGGUUGGAAUAAACUAUUUCGGAACAAGUAGUGCUCUAAAUGGUUGCAUUAACGAUGUUCAAAACAUGAAGGCUUAUUUGAUUAAUUAUCAUGGUUACAAGGCUGAAGACAUGGUUAUUCUCACCGAUGACCAGAGAGAUAUUGUUUCGAUUCCCAACAAACGAAACAUGAUUGCAGCUAUGCAGUGGCUGGUCAGUGAUGCUAGGCCUAAUGACUCACUCGUGUUUCAUUACUCUGGUCAUGGAGGACGAACUGAGGAUUUGAAUGGAGAUGAAGUUGAUGGAUUUGACGAUGUCAUUUACCCUCUCGACUUCAAAACCGCGGGCCAUAUUGUUGAUGAUGACCUUCAUGAUAUCUUAGUGAAGCCACUUCCAAUGGGUUGUCGUUUAACUGCCAUUUUCGAUUCUUGUCACUCUGGUACCUGUUUGGAUAUUCCAUUUACCUAUAGAGCCCAAGAUGGUCAAAUCAAGGAGUACAAUGUAUGGAAAGAAAGUGGCGGUGAUGCUAUGCAAGCUGUCUUGGGAUAUGCUCAAGGUAAUAUGGGUACAGUUGUGAAAUCAGUAGGCAGCAUGUUUAAGAAGGUCACCAAGUCGAAUUCUUCAGCUGUUGAGAGGAUUAAAAAGGAAAAAUUUUCUCCUGCGGAUGUCAUUGCAUUUUCAGGCUGUAAAGACACUCAAACCAGUGCGGAUACAGUCCAAAAUGGAACAGCAACAGGUGCCAUGUCAUGGGCAUUUAUUUCGGUUCUCACACAGAAUCCUAAUCAAAGUUAUUUGACACUAUUGCAGAAUAUUCGAAACCUUAUCGGUACGAAGUACUCGCAAAAGCCUCAAAUGUCUUCCUCACACCCUAUGGAUUUGAAUACUAGGUUUAUAAUGUAG